UUUGUGUUCUUUCUCAUUACUCAUAGUGAACAGCUGAUCAGUUGUUUUCACCAAAUAAUAUAAUAAAAAUACAUCUAAAUUUAGCACGUAGUGUGUGGCAAUAUUGUUCAUAUAAGAUAACGUAUCGAAAAUAAAAGUCAGUAAAAAAUACUUCAAAGAUUAACUUAAAAAGUAUAUAAUGACGUAGUAAUGUGUAUGUUUAAUAAAAAUUCGUUUAUUAUGUAAAUAAAUUACGAAGGUAAUCAAUUCUCAUCUAAAGUUCUUAUAAAAUGUCAAUUUCAAUGGAGAAUCUUGUUAUCAAGCAACCGAUUAAACGUUUGGAAAUUCAAAUCAACAAUUUUAAUGUUGCUAUACCACACCAUGUGAAUUUAUUAAAACGUCAUAAGAAUAAUAUUAAAAAAUAUGAAUCUCAACAAGAUUGGGAAAAAGUACGCAAAGAGCAUAUUAAUGUUUCUAGAAUUGUAAAACAAUUAAAAGAAUUGUUAUAUCAGAUGGAUACUCUUCGUGCUCAAGUUCUCGAUAGUGAUAUUAAUGAAUUCGAUAAACUUACAGCGACUGCAAGAUCUAGUAUGAUGAAUGCAAUUGAGGAAUACUUGGUUUUACAAUUGGACUUACCGAUAUCGGGUCCGUCUUCACCCAAAGAAGAAAAUAAGGAUGCACAGGAUGUAUUUAAAGAUCAUGAUAUCCAAUUGUAUGAAGAAUAUGAGGAUUUGAAUCGACAGCAAGCAUGUUUGCAUACCUGGACCGACCUACAGGAUGAUAUUUAUCAAUUACAUCAACUUUUUACUGAUUUCAACAAAAUAGUACAUGACCAAAAAGAAUCUGCGACGCACAUAGAAACUAAUGUUGAAGAGACACAAAGUAAUGUGAAUGAGGGUGCAAAGUUUCUAGUAACAGCAUCAAGAUACAAAGCAGUAACUUAUCCCUUAGCGGGAGCAAUUAUAGGAACUUGCGUUGGGGGACCAAUAGGGUUAUUUGCGGGUCUAAAAAUUGGUGGUCUAACUGCUCUUGGUUGUGGUAUUUUAGGAUUUACUGGCGGUUCCAUCUUAAAGAGACAACAAAUUUCAGGGGAGAUUGUACGUAGAAAAUCAAACAGUUCAAUUCCAGAGCAACAAAACGUUAAAAAAUCUUUGUCUCUUCCUGAAAAAUUGAAUAAAAACGAUAAAGAUUUGUGACAUCAGGAAGAACUUGAUCAUAAAUCGAAAGAUACUAAAGUUUGCAAUAUUAUUUAAUUGCUUUCUGAGAUAUCAGUGUGUACUCUUUUAAAUGAAACAGAAUACUUUCAAUCUGCUGACCAAUGAUCUACUUUUUUAUUAAAUAACAAAAUUUUGAGAAUAUUAUGUGAAGGAUAACAAGACACUAUCUUUGUAAUAUUACAUGGAAUAUGUAUGUGUAUGUAGGCCAAGUUUAGACCGAUGAUAUUCAACGCUUUAAUAUCAUAAUUUAAUAAGAAGCUUCCGAGUACUAAUUACACUUAGUUAUCACGAUGAGAAAUUUUCAGUUAUGUUGCUUUCUUGAAACAUGUUAAACGUGUUUCAUAUAUUCUUGUUGGAUCUCAAAUUACAAUAAAUAGCUUCUACAGCUUGAAUAUAAAAAUAUUCAGAUAGAUAGCUCGUACUUUGAUAUAUAUAACAUAUUGAAAAUUUUACUAAUUAAUAAAAUGCUUUAUAAAAUAUCAUAAAUAAUAUAUCUCUAACGUGAAUGUUCGAUCACAGAUAUGUUACUUGUAUUAAACAAAUUAUUAUUUUACGUCACAAAUAUGAAUGAACUAAAUUAUGCAGAAAAUUAUUAACCCUCAAUGUGAUUUAAAUUAGAAUUAAUUUUUGUAUUAAAGUAGCUUUGUUUCGACUGAUUAUAUAUUAUUUCCCGUUUGUAUUUAUUAUUAAUUGAUAUUAUAAAUUUUUCUAAUUUUCAAUCACUUUUGUAGAUUGUUCCUAAAAUGUUUUAGGGUUUAUAAUUGUUUGCAAACAAAAAUGCAUUAUAUAUACGUAUGUAUUGUGUUUAAUUAAUUUUGUAAAGAUUUGUAAGUAUCUGAAUAGCCUAAUCUUCAAAUGAAGGUUAUCUUGUAAAAGUGAUCACUAUAAAUAUGAAUUAAUUUGCGAUCUACUUACCGCGUACUUAAAUGAGCUAUAAGUACCUGCAAAACAAUAAUUACAAAAACGUUCGCAAUCUUUUUUCUAGGAAUUCGUGUUGUUUGAUAAACGACAAUAUUCAUUAGCAGUUUUUAAAAACUUCACGUCGGUUUUAUGCCUUUUCCACGUGUCUUAUGAAUAUGUACGACAUUGCAAUGUUCAAAUUGUGUAUUUACGCUUUAAACAGAAGAAAAACGAAGCAAAUAAUUUACUUUACACGAUUGUAUAUUUUUUAUACAAUUAUAUUAUAUAAUUAAAUUAGUUCCAUCAAGAAAAACAGGAAUUAUUUAUCAUCAAACUAUCUCCAAUUUAAGAUACUAGUCUUAUAUCUAUAAGAAAAUAACAUUUUCAUAGACUCAGGUAGUAAUAUUAAAUUUCGUGGUUUUUUUUAAUAUUUUGACACACUAUAAAUGAUUUUAAAUGUAGAUAAUUUAUAAAAGAAACAUAUGAAAUGAAAAAGAACCUUAUUGCACUGUAAAAAAAUGAAUAGAAAAAUUUUCAAUCGGCUUUGUUCGUAUAUUUAAAAAAAGAGAACGGAUUUUAUAAUUAAUUAGCUUUUUGGGGUUCACUACAAAAGGCACCCAAUACAGUAUAUUUAGCAAAUAAUAAAAUACAUCGGUGUUAGACACAUUACAAUACUGAAACACACAAUCGUGUUAUUAAUAUAAUAUAUACAUUUUAUAAUGGUAAUGCAAAUGACUUAAAUCUAAGGACUAAAAAAUUUCUACUUAAAAAAAUAUUAAUAAAUAUCUAAGAGCAUGUAAAUAUUUAAA